AUGGAAAAUUUAGAAGACGAAGGAGAAGAAGAAGUAAAAACGUACAUGGGAUGCUUAGCGAAGUUAUACAAAUCACACUCUUUGAAGCUAGGACUUGAUAGAACUAAACUAUUGAGUGAUUGUUUUGAAAAUCCAUGUGACAAUUAUAAAACUGUGCAUGUAGCUGGGACGAAUGGAAAAGGUUCUGUGUGUUUCAAAAUUUAUGUAUGUUUAAAAUUGCGAAAUUAUAAAGUUGGGUUAUUUUCUUCUCCUCAUAUAUUUUCACUAAGAGAACGAAUAAAAAUAAAUGAUGAACCGAUAAGUGAAUCGGAUUUAAUACAUUUCGUUAAUAAAGUUUUUAAAAAGGCAAAAAAGAUAAAUGUAAAUCCAACCUUCUUCGAAAUAAUGACAAUUGUUGCUUAUCUAUAUUUUUCAUUUAAACGUGUGGAUUAUGCAAUUAUUGAGACAGGGAUUGGUGGUCGACUUGAUGCAACAAAUAUUUUAAAAAAACCAGAAUUAAUUAUCAUUACAUCUAUCGGUUAUGAUCACUUACAUUUGUUAGGAGCUGAAUUGAAACAUAUAUGCAAAGAAAAAAUAGGAAUCUUUAAAAAAGAUUCCAGGGUUCUUAUUGGGCCAACUGUAUCAAUUUAUAAAGAUGUAUUUACAAAAGCUACUCAAAUGAAUUGUACUCUUAAAGUUAUUCCACCUGACCCAAGGGGUGAAUCAUUUAACGAAGAAAAUUCAAGAAUAGCAAUAGAAGCAUUAAAUAUGUUAAAUAUAAAGGUCUCAUCAGAUUCGUUUCUUAAAUCAAUCAUUACUAUUAAACCACCACUAAGAAUACAAUAUCUAGCACCAGAGCAAAUUGAACACAUAAAAAAUAAGUACACCAAGCAAUCAAAUUUUAAUCCUACCAAUGCAACAUUCACGAAUACUGAUUCCUACCCACAUGCACUCAUACUAGAUGCUGGUCAUAACGAAACUGCUAUUGAUAGACUAUGUCGCGAUAUUAACUGUUUUCACAAAGGCAAGUCCAUACGAGUCUGCGUAUCAGUGACGAAACCCCGUAACUUGAGCAUCUUCCAACCCAUCAUCGCACACUUCCAGGGCGUCCUCAAGGACAUUUUUUACCUUCCGUCCCUAAACGAACGAACCUAUGACUUUGAAGAAAUUUUGGAUAUGCUCAAGAAUGAUUCUCAGAUCAGUGAUGAACUUCGAGUUCUCGUUUUGAGUAGUGCCGAAAAAGUAGUUCAUUGGAUAACUGCUGAUAGGAAAGACAAAUCUAAUGAUGCCAAUCGGACAGACCAAUUGUACACACGAGGUAGUACCAUCCCCAUAAUUGUGAAGAACGCAUUUCUCGAAUGCUGCAAUGACAAUUCCAUUUUACUAAUUUGUGGAACCUUUUUCAUUUUUAAUGAAGUUUUAAACGCUUUCGAUAUCUAUUCAGACAUGCAAGACGCUCUCUCCAUGAAUGAACCAUCCAUCAUUUGA